AUGAAUCCAAAUGGGAAAAGUAAAGAAGAAACACAGACGCCGGCGUUGUUGAAGAUGGCCGUCGGCGGUGUGACUGAGCUCCUUAGGCUCCUUUCUCCCGCCGCCAAAAGGAAGGUUUUAGUUGAUAAUGAAAGGGAGGAUGAGAUUCGCGCGUCGAGUGUAAAUGAAGUUCUUUCAAUCAUCAAAUCUGAUUAUGAGAAUGCUUACUUUGUAACAGGACUCUUCACUUCUGCAAUUUAUGAUGAGGAUUGCACAUUUGAAGACCCGACAAUUAAAUUUCAAGGUAGAGAAUUAUAUGCACGCAAUUUGAGAUUGCUUGUACCUUUCUUUGAUAAUCCAUCAAUCCAUUUAAAGGAAAUAAAGAAGGGCCUUGAUCGCGAGAAAGGCUUCAUUGUUGCUUCAUGGAGUCUCAGAACAUACCUUAAACUUCCAUGGACACCACUCGUCUCGGUAGAUGGAAAAACAAUUUACGAUCUCGAUGAAGAAUUCAGGAUCAUAAGGCACGUUGAGAGAUGGAAUAUUUCUGCACUUGAAGCAAUUAUUCAGAUAUUUACUCCUAAUUUUGGAAGGCGCCUGGACCAAUAA